AUGUCGACCCUCAGCUACAAUCUACCGCCAAAGAAUCGGUUUCGAGUGGCAAUUGGAAACAAUCCGCCGGAUGCCUUUGAUCGAUGCAAUGGCGGAUUCCCCAGGAUGAAGCCGACGGUCAGCUGUCCUUAUAUCGGAUUUACCUUGGAGGUAAGGAGAGUACUAGUCCCUUUGCAAAGCAGCUAGAGUAAUUUUGCAGUCCGGUGACUUUCCAGAAGGACUAAUAUUAUAUAGAUAAAAGUUACGGAUGUUGGUUUUUACGGCAAAUAUUAGUUUUUUAUAUGUUACACUAAAUCAGGGUAAAGAAAACGAACGUUAUGAAUAGCUAAAAUUAUAAAAAGUGGACAUAUGCAAUGCCUUCGCAAAGUCUCCGCCGAGCGUCCGCCGACCAUCCAACUUCUUUGCUACGCCUCGUAGGCACUUUUUACAACUUUUUGGGGUAUCUACCUGCCCUGACUCGAUCGAUUUUGUAUUGACCCGAACUGUCGUCGACCCCCGAAAUGGGAGCGUGGUCGCUCGCGCCCUGACUUCUGCAAACGCCAAAAUUUACUACAGCGACUUUGCGAACGGACUAACAAAUCAUUUCCAUGGAUGUCGAAAAAAUUAUAUUCUUAACUGAAUCAUGAUUUGUGUUGAAAAUAUUGAUCCCCGAUUCAUUGUUUUAAAAAAUUUUCGGAAUAUUCAGGAUUCGGAAGCAACUGGUUUUGUUUCUUUCAAGUCGCAUCUUUAUGAAGUAAUUGAAAGUGACAUAAAAAAGAAUGAAUCUUCAUAUUCAUCGGAGGAAAAGAAUUUGAGAAAAUUAGAUUUAAAUAGCUCAAUAACAAUAUUGAGUUCAAAAAUAAAAAAAAAACGUUACAUACAUUUAAUAUAUACAUGUACAUUACAGGUAAUUAAAAUGCUAACGGACUGGUCUCACUUUUACUUGGAGCCGGUGGUCAUCAAAUCGGAUGAGGGCCAAGUCAAUUGGCAUGGCGUGGUACGUUGAAUUCGCUAGAAAUGUGGUCGAGAUGUGGAAAACGUCCCUCAAACGAUCGUAUAAAACGGUCCCCUCAAAAAACCGGCAUCUCAUUUUCGCAAAAAAAAACAAAAAAUUUUUACCGUGGGACCUGAUCCAUGUGUCAAAAAAUGUACCAUAUUGGAUCCGGGAAGUAUCAAAAAUGUUGCAAAAUGCUUCCCUCUCCAAGUGAAAAAAUUUCGUUUUGAUGGGCGCGCCCUUUUCCUCACAAAAAACGCGGGCGCGCUUUUUAAAUCCGAGUUUUUUUUUCACUUGGAGAAGGAGGUAUUUUGCCACAUUUUUUAUGCUUACUGGAUGCAAAAUGGUACGUUUUUUUGCCACUAGAUCAGGCCCCCUACUGUAGAAGAAACACGGAAAUUCUGCGGUCAUGUUUUAAAAUCAGCCAACAUUUGCUUACAAAAGGUUCAGGGGGACCUUUUGUAAGCAAAAUCCCUUGCCAACCCAUAAACCAAGUUAAGAUUCAGAAGAACGGCACAGCCACCGGAGUGCUCAGCAUGAUCGCCAAGUACAAGGUCGACACGGCGUGCAUGUUAUUCCAAAGCAACAUGGAACGGGCGCACAACUUUGACCUCUCAGAUGUUGUGACUUUUGCAAGUGGAACUUUGCACAUAGCUUCAUUAUGAUGGAGAAAAGCCAUAUGAUUUUUUUCAGGUGAACAUGGUGUACAUCACUAGGCCGAAGAAGAAAAAUGUGGCCAUGGCGUUGUGGAAUGCCUUCAAGCCCUAUCAAAUGAGCGUCUGGAUGUACUUGGGGAUCGGAUUCGUCUCGCAAUGCAUCUUCGCGGUGCUGGUUGGGAAGUUGGAGUGUGUUUUGGGAUGGUCGAAAAAGAUUGGGGUCUUUGAUGUAAGCGCUCUUUCAAGCUUUGUGUAUUAGCUCACAAGGGAAGGCUUCCAAGCGCAACACUCCAAUUUUUGUUAAGACGUCAAGAUUUUUGUUGUUAAGACGUCAAGCAUAGGCCAGAUAUUAAUUACGGAGAGAUUUAGCUUGCGCUUUCUAGAGGCAGCCAAGAUAUUCAACGAUAUUUGCCGCCAAAAGGCCUUGCAAAACGCCGAGCGCAGUCAGAAAGCAAAAGCAAAACACUCUUUGCUACAGCGCCGGACCUGAUCCUGCGGCAAAAAAUGUACCAUUUUUCAUCCGGGAAGUGUCAAAAAAUGUGGCAAAAUACCUCCCUCUCCAAGUAAAAGAACUCCAACUUCAAGAGCACUUUUUGUGGAGGGAAAGGGUCCUUUAAAGCUGUUUUUUUCGUUGGAGAGGGAGGCAUUUUGUUACAUUUUUUGAUACUUCCAGGACAAAUAACUUUAUUUACCAACCGUGGGGGAUCCAGUGGCAAAAACGUACCAUUUUGCAUCCGGGAAAUAUUUAAAAAUGUGGCAAAAUGCCUCCCUCUCCAAGUAAAACAGCUUCGUUUUGAAGGGCGCGCCUUUCCCUCCACAAACAAGAGCGGAUGCGCUUUUGAAAUCGGAGCCUUUUUACAUGGAAAGGGAGGUAUUUUGCAACAUUUUUGAUACUUCCAGGAUGCAAAAUGGUACGUUUUCUGCCACUGAUCACGUCCGCCACUGUAUUUCGAAAAUAAAUCAAAGCAUAUUGUUUUUGACACUUCCCGGAUGCAAAAUGUAACGUUAUCUGCCACUGGAUCAGGUCCGCCACUGUAUUUCGAAAAUAAAUCAAAGCAUUUUCUAACUCAUACUUUCAGAAAUGCUGGCAAUACCUGCGUCUUCAAAUCCGCCAAUCGAUGGAUUUCCACGUCCCAUUCAAGCUGAGUGCCGGGAAUCUAUCCUUCAUUUUUUACUCCGUGAUCCAAGCCACACUCCUCACGAACCUUUACUCCGGUAUCAUUUUGUCCGUCCUGAUGAGAGGCGAGUCUCCGAGGCCAUGGGAGACCUUUGAAGAUAUGGUGUCGCUCAUCAAGUCCCAGGAAUACAAGAUCGUCAUGGACAAGAACAGCUACGAGAACAGCUGGUUCUUCCACGAACUGCGUCAUGGCGAGACGGACCACAUGAAGAAGCUGCUCGGCGCUUUGAGCACAGCGCCAGUGAGCAUUGUGGACAGUGUGGAGGAUGUGUUAGACUUGAUGGAUCAGGGCGGUUAUAUUAUGGCCGUGCCGGAGGACAGCUACGCAUUGUUUGCAUCGACCGAAAGAUGCGGAUACUAUUAUUACAAAGACGGUAGAGCCAGCUUCUCAAAGCUAAUCUGCAGUGGGGACCUGAUCCAGUGGCAAUAAACAUACCAUUGUGCAUCCGGGAAGUAUCAAAAAUGUGGCAAAAUGCUUCCCUCUCCAAGUGAAAAAAACUCAGAUUUAAAAAGCGCGCCCGCUCUUUUUGUGAGGGAAAGGGCGCGCCCUUCAAAACGAAGUUUUUCUUCACUUGGAGAGGGAAGCAUUUCGCCACAUUUUUGAUACUUCCCGAAUGCAAAUUGGUACGUUUCUUUUCAAUGGAUCAGGUCCUCCACUAUAAAUCUGCAUUUUCAGCGAGUAUUUCGAAGCCAGCGUUCUUCCUUUUCGCCAAAAACAACCCUCUUCUCUCCCGAUUCAAUCGAGCUAUCCGGAUGAACCAGCAAUUCAUCGAUCGAACAUUCCGAAAGUACUUUGAUGUCACCAAGAAAACUGGCAAAAUCCCCAGAUGUCCCUUGACUGAUGAGGACAUUCCCGAAGCCGCUAAACAGCUGGGUAAGCGAGGAUUACCUUUUAACAUACAAUAUUUUCAAACCCUUUUCUAAAGGGAUCUUUGUCACACUUAGCUCCGUGAGAUCUCUUUUCAGACAUCAUGGAGACCUUCGGAAUCUUCUUCGUCAUAAUGAUUGGCUGGUCCGCCUCAAUUGUUGUCUGGGUGGCGGAAGUUUUCGUCUGGCUUCUCUGCGAAUGCUACCUUCGAAUACGCGACUCCCAUCGCCGCCGCAAACUGUUCGUGGAGCCGUGGCAAACGUUGGCCGCCGCCAAGAGUUUCUACGUCGUGUUGGAGAAGCCGAAGAACGACCAUGUUGUUGAAAACGGAAAAAUUGCGCCCAGAUUGUUAGUGAACUUGAAGAAAAUAAAUUGAAUAUGAGCUACCACCCUUAGGCAGGCCUAUUUUACCACUGAAUUGGUCUUUAGUCACCAUUUCUUUGCGUGAUGAUUAAUUUUAAUUGUAAUGUCCCUAUUUUUUAGCCUAUCAUAUAUCUUACACAUUCCACGACCGCUCAAAUUACAUGCUCAUGGUCCCCGAAAACUGGCCAAACGAAUCCGUCCAACUCUCCCUCCGAACUCGCUCUCGUCCAUCUGUGGAUUUAUGCUAUCAUGCACACACUGCUCGAUGAUGGAUGUUCGAGGCCCUGAAGCUUUAUAUAUUGCAUUCCCAAUUUGGCCUCAGGGCAAGAGUGGUCAUUGGGGACUUGUGGCGUCGCCCAUCUUCGCGUCUGCACAUAAUGUUUGCUUGUCCUUGGAUUUCGUUACGUUUUCGUUUUUCGAAGUUCUGAUGGCCGCUUUUGUUAUGGCUGUUUUCGUUUGCGGGUCUAGAUGA